GUUUGGGUGCGGGCCGGGGCGGCGGAGCGGCGGCGGCGGCGGCGGCUCUGGCCCUGGCACCGGCCCUGAGCGCCAUGCGGCGGGGCAGCUCCGAGAGGGAGCUGGCGGCCCGGUGGGAGGCGGAGGCGGCCGCGGAGCAGGUCCUGGUGGACGCGGGCGCAGCGGGGGAGCCGGAGCGCGGGGCGGGGCAGGAGCAGCCCGAGUGCCCGGCCGGGCCACAGGCGCAGCCCCGCGCGGCGGAGGACGGGGGCGCUCGCGUGCCCCCGCGGCCGCUGCCCACGCUGUCCCCGUCCCAGCCGAAGCCGGCGCCGGAGCGGGGCCCCGGCCCGCACGGGAAGCCCAGGAGCAAGGGCCGAAGCUGCAAGAGGAGCCCCGGCCGCCGCUCCGACGAGAACGGCUCUCCGAGGCCCGUCACCGUGGACAGCUCCAAGGCCAAGACCUCCCUGGACGCCCUGAAGAUCAGCAUCCGCCAGCUCAAGUGGAAGGAGUUCCCAUUUGGCCGACGCUUACCUUGCGAUAUCUACUGGCAUGGAGUUUCAUUUCACGACAAUGACAUAUUCUGUGGUCAAGUGAACAAGUUUCCAGGCAUGACGGAGAUGGUGCGUAAAAUCACUCUGAGCAGAGCGGUGAGAAUCAUGCAGAAUCUCUUUCCUGAGGAGUACAACUUCUACCCUCGCUCAUGGAUUCUGCCUGACGAGUUCCAGCUCUUUGUCGCUCAGGUUCAAAUGGUGAAAGACGGUGACCCCUCCUGGAAGCCCACUUUUAUUGUGAAACCUGAUGGUGGUUGUCAGGGUGAUGGAAUCUACCUCAUUAAAGACCCCAGUGACAUCCGCCUGACAGGGACCCUCCAGAGCAGGCCGGCGGUGGUCCAGGAGUACAUCUGCAAACCUCUCCUUGUUGACAAGCUCAAGUUUGAUAUUCGUCUGUAUGUCUUACUAAAGUCUUUAGACCCCUUAGAGAUUUAUAUAGCCAAAGAUGGACUCUCUAGAUUUUGUACAGAGCCAUAUCAGGAGCCCAGCCCCAAGAAUCUGCACCACAUCUUUAUGCACUUAACCAAUUAUUCCCUGAAUACCCACAGCAGUAACUUCGUCCAUUCGGACAGUGCUGACACAGGAAGCAAAAGGACUUUUUCUAGCAUUCUUUGUAGGCUGUCUUCCAAAGGCGUUGACAUCAAGAAGGUCUGGUCUGACAUCAUCUCUCUGGUGAUUAAGACUGUCAUCGCCUUGACUCCAGAGCUCAAAGUUUUCUACCAGUCGGACAUCCCCACAGGGAGGCCGGGGCCCACGUGCUUCCAGAUUUUAGGCUUCGACAUUCUUCUAACGAAAAAUCUGAAACCUAUACUACUUGAAGUAAAUGCAAAUCCCAGCAUGAGAAUCGAACACGAGCAUGAACUUUCUCCAGGGGUGUUUGAAAAUGUCCCCAGCCUUGUCGAUGAGGAAGUGAAAGUGGCUGUGAUCAGAGACACACUGCGCCUCAUGGACCCACUUAAGAAGAAAAGAGAGAACCCGUCUCAGCAGCUUGAAAAACCAUUAGCUGGAAAGGAUGAUCCUUUGGACAGUGAGUGGACCAGAGCCCCAGACUGCAACGCCAAUCCCGAAGCCCACCUGCCCUCCAUUUGCCUCAAACAGGUUUUCCCCAAGUAUGCAAAGCAGUUCAACUACCUGCGUCUGGUGGACAGAAUGGCAAAUUUGUUUAUCCGCUUCCUGGGAAUCAAAGGGACGAUGAAGUUGGGACCAACAGGCUUUCGUACCUUCAUAAGGAACUGCAAGCUCAGCAGCAGCAGCUUGUCCAUGGCGGCAGUGGACAUUCUCUACAUUGAUAUCACAAGGAGGUGGAACUCCAUGACCCAGGACCAGCGGGACUCAGGGAUGUGUCUGCAGGCGUUUGUUGAAGCUUUCUUUUUCCUGGCUCAAAGGAAGUUCAAGAUGAUGCCACUCCAUGAGCAGGUGGCCGCACUGAUUGACCUGUGUGAGUACCACCUGUCCCUGCUGGAUGAAAAGCGCCUGGUGUGUGGCCGGAGUGGCAUGGCGGGGGGCCAGCCCCUGUAUAGUGGAACUCCCCAGGAGACCUCCCCUCCAUCCCAGCCAGCGGGGGACAUCCCCCCACCCCGCACGAACUGUGCCAAUAAGCUCUCCCAUCCCAGACACACUCUGUCUUGAGGGUCACUCUGUCUCCCAGAAGAAGAGAGGGCCCUUCAGGGCUGAAGAGAGCCCCAGAGAAAGGGCAGGCUGCUGAGAAUUCCCAUCCGAGAUUCCCGUUCGUCAUGUCUGUGUCCUGCCAAGUGGCACUUCACACACUGCCUAAUCCUCCUGCCUUCCUCCCAGUGCCUGUUGGUGAUCCACCCUGUUUGCAAGUCAUCAGUGGACAUAUGACAUCUAAAAUGUGACAGAUGGCACCUUCUGUUCUGGGCUCACGGGGAAGCACCAACCUGGGCAAAUCUGUUGUGUUUGGGGCACAGGGCACAAAAUGUCUAGGACCGGGAGCUGCGGAGAGGAAACAGAGUCUUGGGCCUGCAGGGCCUCAGAGUGCUGACUGGUUAAAGCCCACGAACAUCGUAUUCCUACACCCCGCUCUGUGAAAGUGAAGCGGAAAUGUCAAGCAAGCGGCUGCGAUCGCCCAUCCCAAUCACGUGCUUCAUGGGUGUAGUUAACAGAUGAGUCUCAUCUAUUUCAUUAGCUUGCCUGUUGCUGCAAUGUUCGGUUUGUUAUUAACUAAGAAAUAAUUAAUUAAGAACUAAGACUCCUAGAGCCUUGGAGCUGGUUGGCGACUCAGAGGUCAUUGGUUUGAUUUUGUUUAACCUUGACCUCCAAGCAGGAAUCUCAUCUUCAGCCUCCCUGACCAGAUGGUCACGUGGCCUCUGAGUGGACUCCAUGCGUGGGGCCGGUCAGUCCAGGACAAGUAUUGCAGGGGGCCCCUGUGUGCCCAGCUCUGUGCUAGGAGCCCUGGGCCAGAGGAGGGGCUUCCGAGGGCAGGAAAUAAGACCCAGAGUAAAACCAGGGCAAGCAGGAGUGUCAACAGCUCAGGCGUUAGACCUGAUGUCAGGAGAAGGGGAACCCACACUCUCCUUCCACGAGACCUUUUCCUUGUCUCCAUCUGUGUUCCCAGGCAGCCCCUUCUCAGAGAGGUAGCCUCAGAGGCAGCAUUCUGGAAAUGGGCACAGGCAAGUCAGAGUUCAGAGUCCAUUGAUGACAGGCAGAUAGGACUUUGCAAAGCCACACUCUCCAGAGUAUUGCUGGAAUUGGGGGUUAAUGUGGCCCUUCCCCUGAGAGCCCCCUUUAAAGAAUCCUGAGGGCCCUGGGGAGAGCUGAUCAUCAUACAAGUUAGGAUGGAAAGUCUCUGAGGGCCUUGCAUGAGGAGCCUGGAACACAGUAGGACGCAGAAAAUGCUCACUGGUGCAGGGCAAGGGCAAAAGUGUGUCCUAGACGAGUUCACGUCUUCCUACUCCAGCUUCUUUUGCUCCCUUCCUUCCCUCUGACAUCCUGUCUCGUCUCCUGAUUCAAGUCCCCCUCACUAAACUGAUGAAAGCCACUGACUCAAGGUCCAGCACAGAGUGCUGGUGCUCAAAAGGGUCUGUAGACAUAAAUACUUGAAUUCACCCUCCCCAGAGGAUUUUUAAACCCAAAGAAAAUGUGGUUAAUCCAAGAUCUCUCCAACUGUUGGCAAGAUAUUUUGGAGUAAGAGUCCCCUGUUCAUCCUUGCCUGCCCCUGCUUCCUGCCAGAAGACCACUUUCUCGAUGAGUAAGGCUGUCUCCAUGCUGAACGGCCACCACACAGUGCCCUGUCCUGCCACCUCUUCCCUGCUGCUCCUUAGAGCCCAAAGGCCGCUGCCCUUCCCUGAUCGAGAGGAGCCCUGGAACCAAGCCCUGCAGAGCACGCUCUGGGCUGUUCAGUGACAGCACACACUCGUAAUAACAAUAUUUCCCCAAGCAGAAAGCAGGACAGGUGGCCUAAGAUGGGAAAGGGCAGGAUUUGCCUCCCGAUGUGCACUGAGUGCCUCUUACAUGGGCACAUUUUACAGGUAUCAUUUGCUCGAUUCUCCAGUCACCUCAGGUAAUUUCAAAUGCUGUUCUCAUAUUCAGAUGAGGGGAGAAAGGCCUGGAUGUCACUUGGUCCAGUCGACUCUGUGUCCCUGGGUGAGCGUGAUCCAGCUCCACAUGCAGACAUCCGGCAGAUCCACCCUGCUCUGGCGCUGCCUGGGCCCUCCAGGGCUCUGCUCACCGUCACAGUUUAGUGGCAUGGGCCAGAGUAAUCAGUGCUCCUAAAUGGCCCCCUGUGAGAAACUGAGUUGAAGACCCCACGCCUGCUCUUCUGGCCCCCUUUGGUGGAACAAACGGGUUUCACAGUGAAAGACCCAAGUGAAUUGUGUCUCGACAGACGUUAUCAGCUGGGAGUAGCAAAGUCUUUGAAACAAAGCUCUAACUGUACACCAUUUCUCAAAGCUGGUCUUCAGAAAGUAUUCACUUGCUAAAAUGGAGUGCAAUUUUCAGGUCUAAAACCGACUAAGCAGAUUGAAUUUUUGGAAAAAAAGAAAAAAAUCAAGAGGUUGAAUUCCAGCCACACUGGGUGAGCUGUCAUGAUGAGAAUUGUUUUCUCCCACUCCUGCUCGUCAUCUGGAAGCAGGUCGCCCCGCCCACCACAGUCACUGUCCUGUAAUGACGCCCCUCCCUUUGCAGACAGGUCCCUAAGUAAACCCCACACCCCUGGAGCACCCAGAGUCUCAGCAGUGAUUGCUAAAGAAAUGAGGCUGCUAUUUUAUAAGGCAAGAAAGUGACAAAUUGGACCCUUUGUUCCCAAUACUGUUGGACAGAAAGGCCUAAGAGUCAGCUCCAUUAUCAGACUGAAUGACAGGCAACUUCUCCCACCUCCUUGGCUCCUAAUAGGAAUUCCCACUGUGUUUACCCUCUUUGGUAAAUGGCCACUCAUUUUACAGGGUGUAAUUGAAAUGAUAGCAAAAGCAGAUGGUUCCUUCCUCCUAGAGGAGAGAAAGCAGAGCCAGGGAGCCCGGGCAAGCCCUGAGAUACUCCAGUAGAGCGGAGCCCCCUGUGCUUUGCCGUCAGAUAGGCCCAUUCCUUAGAAGGGCCUCGGGAUCCCUCCCCAGGCUCUUCUCCCCACCCUCGCCUGCCCCUCCUCCCCUCCUGCUGAUGCCUGCCCCCAUGCACACACAGUCCGGCCACACUGAACCUCUGAGUUUCUGGAAGGCUGGACACUCCAGUGGUGCUGAGUGAAUGGGGAAGAAGAUCGGGCUCGGCGUGUGCUCAGUUUGGGGUGUGCACAUCCAAACAGGCUGGACAGGUUGGUGGGGCCAACGGGGGAGGGAGGCUUCUUCCAGAGUCCAGAGCAGAUCAGCAGAACUGGGCGCAACCCACCUGCUUCUGCCGGGCCAGCCCUGCCCCUCUGCUGUGCCCCUGGACAGCAUCCUUACUCCUUGCAUACUGAGGGUGCUGCUCCUGCCUUCCAGCCUCCGGGGCACAGGCUCAGUUUUUCUGCUGUGAAGGUGACAGCUUUAUCCCUAGAGUGGAACCCGUCAUAGGUGCUUAUAAAGACAUGCUGGGGUCAGUGCAGUUCUUGGCAAGUGCUAGUCCCAAUGGGCCCAUCCCCGUGGAGGAGGCAGGGCCUCCUAGAGACGGGAACCUCCAUCCCCAAAACGAGCCUCCUUGGCUCCUCUUCUCCUCCAGGCCUCCAUCCUCUCUCCCUGGCUUGGAGUUCAUCAUCUCUCACCCGAUGUCAUCUGUCUCCUGCCUCUCACCCCUCCUGCCCACCCUCCAUCCCUAUCAGCCUGGAAGGACUACAGAGCUGACAUGCAGCCCCCUACCGAAAGCCCCCUCAUCACAACCCCUCAGCAUCAAGUGUCUUCCUUUCUUUCCACCCCGCAAUCCAUGCCUGGCCUGCACACCGUGGGCCGGGCUCUGCGCUGCUGACCCCACGCUCCAGGGCUCUUAGUGUCUGCUGACAUCAGACCGGAAGGGAGUGUGCUGUUUCCAGCCCGGUGGGCAGUGGGGGAGAGGGUGCCGGCCAGCUCCUCGCCCCCCACCCUUGCCCUUGCUGCUCCCUCUGUCGAUGGCAAACAUACUCAUCUCUCAAGGUCCUGCUCAAAUGUCCCCACUGCAAUCCCCCAAGCAGAAUGAAUGGCUCCCUCAUAUACUUCCGAGAACCUGGAAAGUUCCAUCAUUAUCAUCUUUACCUGGGAAUCACGGCAUUCACUCCCACCCAGCUGUGAGUUCUGUCAAGGUCAGACAUGUGCUGAACCUAUGUGGGCCCCUCGGACACAGAGCAGAAGCCCCCCAGGUGCUUGUGAAGUAAUAGGAAUGUUCAGCAGGCCCAGGUGAGGAGCCGGCACUGCCACGCACGUUCUCCCCUUAGCCUGCAGAUGCCCUGAAGAAUCGUGGAUUUCCAAACCUUGCUGAGCCAAUUCACUGAACACCUCCAUGUCUCAGCUGGCUCGUUCUCCCCCCACCCCACCCCAGGCACAGCAACUGUCCCAUGGCUCGGAGCAGACAAGGGCUCCUCUGACCCCAGGCAGUCUCUCCAUGGCCCUUGGUGCUCAGGUCUGGACUGUGACCCCUAAGGACACCCCAUCUGUUUCAGUCUUAGAGACUGGCUGCCAGGCUGGAGGGCCCUCACCCCUGCUCCUCCCAGCCACUCAGCCUGUCUCUUCACCUCGACACCAGCCUGCCUUUGUGGGAGCUUGUUUAGUUCAGAGUAGGUCACCCUGAGGUGAGUGUAGGUGAUCAGGGAGCGGGAAUGGACCGGGCGGGAUUUUGGAAUGGUGUUCUGUGCCUUUCGAGAGCCAACCCUUUCCUGCGUGAAUUUAACCACGUGUGUUCAGGGCCUCACCGUGUACAGAGUACUCUUCCGUCCAUCCUCUCCGUCUGAUCCUCCCAGCAACCCAGCGAAGGGUGAGGGUCGUCAUCACCCUGUUUUCACAGAUGUGGGCCUGCUGCCCAGGAGGUUCAGCGACUCAUCCAUGGUCUUGCAACUGCUGAGAGGCACGGCCACUGGUCAUGCGGAGGCCCCCCGGCUGCAGACCCCAUACUCCUUCCACAGCCCCUGACUGCUCUCCACAGAACCUCGAGGCUCCUGACAAGCCAGUCGGGAGAGGGUUUGGGCCCCAUUUUACAGACACAGAAGCCCACGUCUCAGAGUGGCUGGGUGUUGGCUCAGCUAGUACCUGGAGGUCCUGGUGACUUCAUUUGGGACAGCCUGACCUGCCCUUCCCACUGAGCCCUCCAGGAAGGCUCUUGAGCUAUGUCCCCCAGCCCCACAAAUGGGGAUGAUACGUCCUCUCCCGCUUGAUCUUUGGGACAAGAUCGUGGAAAGCAUACUAAAUGUGAAAGGGGUUUGUAUCCAAAGUGCUGCUCAAGUGCAGCGUUAUCUUCAGGCUGGCUUCUGGCUUCCUGCAGCGUGUAAAGCAUGAAGGUAAAAGCUCUCUCUUGAAUAAUGUUGUCCAUCAAGACAAAUGAAGCCAAAACAGGCAGCUCUCCCCACACCUCCCCUUCAUCCUCACGUAUUUAAAGACAUUCUCAGGCUGAAAAACGGUUCCUGCCGCCCCUCUGACACCUGGAAUUUGCCUUGUGAUUGGCAGAGUGUUACUCCAAAAUAGCUUAAUUUUUUUCAUUUCUUGAUUAACGUCCUACAGUGCUUGGCCCUCUAAUUGAGAGCUGGGCAGGAAGUGCUCGGUGUUUGAGCAGCUUCCCUGGAAGCUGAGAAAUGAUGAACUCUCCUGUCGGGGAGCUGCUGCUCCCAGUGGCUCGGAGAGCUGUCCCCUUCGCUCAGCCGGUAAAUUCACCACAGCGUGUACUAACGUAGGUGCCACCUCACCUUGAUUGAUAAUUUUGCCAAUCUCCUAUUUGGCUUGACGAAUGUGAGAGAAAUUUUCCCAUGCGGCAUAUGAAUUUCUCCCUCACAAAAUAAGUCCAGAUUUUUUUUUUUUCUUGUUCUAGCAGAUAAAGCAGCUCUGCAGAAUAGUCAACACAUUCAGUUACUUUCAUCUCUAAUAACAAAGUCUUGAUUUUUAUAUAACUAGAAAAACCAUGCAGCAUAAUGCUUACACAUACACACAGAGCACCAUUACGCUUUGGUAUAAAAUGGCAAAAUUACUGAUAUUUUUCUCAUUUCUGGCAAUUUGCUUCUGAGUCUUAUUUAGAGAACAGAGUUAAAAGGGUUCUCUGCAACCCUGGAGUGGCAUCACAUGCUUAGCAGCAGACUCAUGGGACACAUUUCCUCUGAUACAAAGGCAUCUGCUACGAUUCCAACCAGGGCUGUAAUCUUGGGUCAUGGGACAUUGUCUGCUCCUCACCAUGGCUCCUCCAGGCCCCUCCAGGCUACAGAGAUAUUUUCCCUUCAGAACCUCUUAUAUCAGAGUGGGGAGAGUAAGAGCUGAGAAUCCCAGAGGAUGCCGUGAGCCAUGCUGGAAAGAGCAAGGCUUGGAGUCAGACCUGGGUCUGGAUUUUGCUCUGUCUGUCACUCUCUCCCUGUGACCAUAGGCCAGUGACUUCAGCUCUCUGAUCCCUGCUCCUUGCCUGCUCAGUGGAGAUCAUGUCAUAACAUAUAUGUCAAAAGCUUGGCAUGGGACUUGGCACCUGGGAAGUGUCUGAAUAAACGUCUGUUGAGAAAAGGAACAGUCUCGGUGUGCUGACACAAGAAGGAUGCCAGGGGAUGCUUCCACCCUCCUUGAUGUGCCUGACAGGGGAGGCUCCUUGAGGUCUGGGAAGAGGCCCCAUGGCUCAGGCCCUCCUCCCGCUGUGCAGCCUUUAAGAGGCUGCAGCUUCUGCCUCUUAAAAGCCUUUAAAAAUUCUUUAUUAAUUUUUCAUGGCACAUAAAGUCAAGGUUCUGUGAUUUGGCCCCAGUUAUCUCAGUAACUUCAUAAAAUGCCUUAGUAAAACAAAGCUGAGUGUUGCUAAACAGGCUCAUUUUAUAAACGACUGCAAAGUAUUGACAGUUUCUUCUGCAUGAUGAUUUUUGACAGCAAAUCCACUGGGGUAGACAAUGCUUGUUCAUUUUGGGUCAACUGGUGAGAAAAGGGCACCUUUUAAUUUUUUCUUCCUUAAUGGUUAAUGUUUGCCUGGGAAGCUAAAUAUUGUCUCCAGGAAAUGGUGACAUCCUGGGGAAGAUACAGGGGGGAUUUUGGAAAAUCCUCCAACCCUUGAUCUGCUGGGGACAGUCUCCCUUGGGAGAGAGGGACCUGUCCCUAGAGACUGAGACUCUGCAGCAGGUACACCUGCCCAGGAAGAGAGGUGCAGCUGGGCCUGAGUGGGUGUGUGCUGCCCAUUUCACCCUUGCAGGGGAAGCUCGAGGCAGGGCAUCUCCCCAGAGAACUGUUCAAGCUGCACCUAAGAGGUGAUUCCUGGUGCUGCUGCUUCCCCCGAGGGCUCUGUCCCUGGGAGCAGAGGUCCUCGCGCCCUCUUAGCACGCCCUCCUCCUCCACCCUUUGAGAGCAGCAUAUAUCCGCUCUGAACAUCUCCCAGAUUGUGGACCACCCAGUGGAAAAGGAAAAGCAGAUGGCCUUGAGUUAAAAAUAACAUGAGACCCCAGCUCCCUGGAAAUCAUCACACCCGGGGGGCAUCAGAAAAGCGUCCACUUCACACAGCCCCUCUCCAGGGAGAGAGCCACUUGGGCAGACUCUGUUACCAUGACUAACUCCUGCAGUCCUUUGGACCCUUCAGGUUUGCCAUUUUAUGAACCAUUCAGAUCCUACACAUGCCCCGUGCCCCUACAAUGUGCCAACCCCUUGGUCCUAGGCUCCCCGUCACAGGUCAUGGCUCUGCAGCAUGAUAGAGCUGCUGCCUCACUCUCUGCUGGAGAAACCCAGGUUUGCCUGCCCGAGGUCCUACAGCCAGGAGAACUGCCUUGGACCUCUGCACCUGGGCCAGGGGUGUCUGGGGGAUUGAGUAGAGACCCCACCUCUGUCUUUAACGCAAGCAGCUCCAACUAUACCACCCUAUGUUACAGGCUUCAUUACACAAGUGCAUCCAUGGCUGCUGGAUUCCAACCUUCCAGUUUUACAAAUGAAGCUGCAGGAGCCCAGAGAGGGAAGGGUCUUGCCCCAAAUGCCCAGCAAGGAGGGACACGAGUUAAGGCCUCUUCUGUGAGGGAAUUUGUUAUGCUGUUUGCUCAGAGGAGUAGAGCAGAAGCCAGUGCUUCUCACCAAACAUCCACCAUGGAAAGCAGCCCAGGGAGCCACUAGUCCAGGAGUCUCAGAGCUAGUUUCCAUAGAACCUGACAUGGAGGAAAGAGGGUGAGAGAGCUCCCUGCGGUCCCUUUUAUAAGGGUGCUAUUCCCACCCACGAGGGCUCCACCCUCCUGACCUAAUCACCUCUCAAAGGCCUCACCUCCUGACACCAUCAUAGUGGGGGUUAGGAUUUCAUCAAAAGAACUUGGGGGACACAAGCAUUCAGCCCAUUGCAGCUGGCUACCCCCAGCCCCUUAGCGGACAGCACUGGGCUCAUGGCUCACUUGGCUGGAAUCAUCAGACACUUGGGCCCGAUGAUGUGAUUCACUGAAGCAUUCGACCUCCGUACUUCUUCACUCAUCACUCUAAUAGAUCUGCUUGGAGCUGUUUCCAGAGCCUGUGAUUGUUGGCAUCAGUGGGUCACUGGGUCUGUCCCUAGCUGUGAUUGGGGUAAAACAGACCCCAAGCUUGGACAGAUCAGAAGUCUGUGGGCCUGGCCCAAAAUAGGACAGCUGCAGGCAGCCACUUAAUUGAAGCCUCAUGUUCUAGCUUUAAAAGUACUGUAAGCUCUGCAUUCUGCCCCGUAUUAUGUCUGUAUUUUAGUCAGGCCAGGCUAGGCCAUACUGAGAUAGCAAAUAAACCCCCAAGUCUCAGUAGUUUAACAGAGCAGAGGUUCAUUUCAAGCUCAUGCAAAGCCUGACGUGGGUCAAGCGGCUCUGAAGGUUGACUGUCCUGCACGAGCUCCAGGCUGCUUCCAGCCAGGGCUCUCUCCUCUCAACCCUGGCCUCUCCAUUGCCUCAGGUGAGAUGAGAAGACAGGAGAAUGGCAGAGGACAUGCCCAGGGAACAGCCGUCUCUCUCCCUCCACCCACGUGCACCACCAGAGUGCUGGGAUAGUGGGACAUGGGCUCUUCCUGUACACCCGAGUAGGCAAAAAAGAAAUGGGACUUGGUGAACACGUCGUUUUGGUUUCUCCACGAUGCAUAUUUAUUUCUGUAUAAACACAUUUUUC